AUGGGUGACGAGAAUGAAUACGAGAAGUUACCCUUACAAGAACGAUUAUCACAUAAGCUAUGGAAAGCUCGCUUACAUGGCUAUGAAGAAGCAAUUAAAACUUUCGCCCUAAUAGACGACGAAAAUAGUAGCGAAUAUAAUAAAUAUGUUGGGCAGUUGAAAAGCUUUGCCGUUGAAGUGAAUGCCUUGGCUCAAGAUACAGCCUUAGAUGCUAUCAUAUCCUUCUUAACAAAUGCUGCAAUUUCAAUUUCUGGACGCAGUUGCAGUGGUGUCGUUUCCGGAAUUGUUACUAAGCGAUUUAACGCUAAACCGAAAGUCAAAUCAAAGGCAAUAGAUGUUUGCUUGAUGUAUGUUGAAAUUGAACAGCCUGAAAUCACGCUUGAGGAAGUAAUCAAAGGGCUAUCGAACAAGCAACCUAAAAUUGUGGCGGCUUGUGCGGAGUUUAUCAAGGAAUCUUUAAAAGCUUUUGGAGCAAAGGUGAUACCAAUAAAAUCGGUAUUAAAGAUUCUUCCUAAAAUUUUUGAACAUAGUGACAAGGGAGUUCGGGAAGAGGCAAAACAAAUUGCGAUCGAUGCAUAUCGGUGGGUUGGCGCAGCAGUUAAGCCGGCUUUACAGACCAUAAAGCCAGUCCAGUUGAAAGAAUUAGAAGAAGAAUGGGAAAAGUUAGGCAACGAGCGAGCAAUUCCGACUCGCUUCUUGCGAUCUCAGCAAGCACAACAGCAAAAAUUGAUGGCUGGUGCUGCAGCUGCUGAAGGAGAUAGUGUAGAUGUAUCUCAGGCAGGCGCACCCGUGGAAACUGUCAAUCCUUUAGAUCUAAUAGAUCCUGUAGAUAUUUUACCCAAGCUACCUGCAGAUUUCUUUAAAAAUUUGAGCGACAAAAAAUGGCAGAAUAGAAAAGAAGCUUUAGAAGCAUUACAGGCCCUCUUAACUGCUAAUCCCAAGCUAGAGCCUGCUGAUUAUUCAGACUUAAUGAAAGAGUUGAAAAGGAUGAUCGGAAAAGAUACCAAUGUUUACGUUGUAUGCUUGGCUGCUAAGUGUGUUGCUGGAAUAGCUUCCGGUCUGCGAAAGAAAUUUUGUAUCUACGUUUCCCUAAUUUUUUCUACUAUACUGGAAAAAUUUAAGGAAAAAAAGCUAAACGUUGUUACCGCUCUAAGGGAAGCAACCGAUGGGUUAUUACUUACGACAACCAUCGCAUCUUUUCAAGACGAUAUAAUUUUAUACUUGGAUAACAAGAAUCCGUCAGUGAAGGCGGAAACAGCUUUGUUUGUCGCCAGAGCUUUCGCUAAGAGUUCUGCUCAGGCAUUGUCGAAGGCAGUUUUGAAACCGAUUUGCGGAGUUCUUGUAAAGAAAAUGGAAGAUACCGAUCCUCAAGUUCGAAAUAACUCAGCAGAAGCACUUGGAACUGCAUUAAAAGUAGUUGGUGAAAGACCAAUGAAUAGUUUCCUUGAUGGCAUAGAUAAGAUUAAGUUAGAUAAGAUAAAAGAGUGCGCCGAAAAAGCUGAGGUAAACUUCCCUUCAGCUUCCUUAACCGGGAGUAAGAAACCUGCAACUGCUGCCACUACGGAAAAAGCUAAAGAACCUUCAAAAACAAGUACAGCAACAAAGUCACAACCACCCACUUCGAAACCCGCUAAAAAGCCUACUAAGCCUGAAGAAGUUGACACUCUUGCUGCUGAAGUAAUGUCAGAGGAACUAUUAAAACAACUUGUUCAUUCAAAUUGGAAAGAGAGAAUCGCAGCAUGUGAAGAAUUGGAUAAACUCAUCGAUGAAAUCAAACCAGAGAACCUGAAAGCCUUCUUAUUUAUACAAAUAAUUGCAAAGAAACCUGGGUUUAAAGAUACAAACUUUCAGGCCAUGAAGGCUAAAUGCAAACUCGUAACGAAAUUGGCGAAGACCCCUCUAUUCGGGAAAAGAAGUGCUAGCUUUGUUUUAUCAGCAAUGGUCGAUAAAUGUGGCGACAUAAAAGUUAAGAACGAAGCUAUUGAAGCUUUAACCGAGAUGACCGAAAAAUUAUCUCUUGAUUUUAUUGGAAAUCAAGUUAUUACGUAUGCUAUGAGCCAGAAAAGUCCGAAAGUAAUAUCUGAAUCUAUUUGCUGGCUUGCUCAGGCCAUAAAGGAAUUUGGAUUUAAGUAUGAUAUUUUACAGAUAAAAUUGAAAUCGUACUUAACUCCAAUCAAAGCAGCUCUAAGCCAUACUAAUCCUACUGUAAGAACAUCCGCAAUUAACUUGCUAGGAGUUAUGCACAUGUAUAUUGGAGAUACUCUUAGGACAUUUUUCGAAGAUGAAAAGUCUGCUCUUCUAUCACAAAUCGAUGCUGAAUUCAGCAAGGUAUCUGGUCAAAAGCCACCAGAUCCGAUUAGAGGACUCUCAGGAAAUAAACCAAAUGACGAAAAAGCAGGCUCAACAGGAGCCUCUAGCUCUGCAACUGUGAUAAAAUAUCCGCAUUUUAUGAACACCGACGGAGUAUGGUUUUUUGAACGUUUCUCAUUUACGUUAAGUGAUCAGAUUACUGACGAUUUAAUUCAAGAACUUGGUGACAAGAGUUGGAAGGUUAGGGGUGAAGCAAUCAGUAAGGUCGGUGAAAUAGUCUCAGCUGCCAAAUUCAUUACACCUAACCUUGGUGAGCUUCCUGGUGCUCUUAAAGACCGAUUUUCUGACUCUAAUAAAAACCUGGUUGUAAAUGCAUUAGGCAUCGCAUCCAAUAUUGCCGCUGCAAUGGGGCCUCCAAUACAAAGACAACUGAAGACGUUUUUACCUGCUAUAUUGAAUACCUUAGGGGAUGGAAAAACGUCAAUACGAGGAGCUGCUAUAAAUGCUCUGAAUGCAUUAGAGAAAGAAGUAUCGCUGAAACCGGUGCUUGAAGGCGACACUGUAGCUUUAGCAUUAGCUAACGAUAGUCCCAACAGCCGAUCUGAGAUUUUAGGUUGGUUAGAGCAAAAGCUGUCCAAUGCUGAAGGCAUUCCAACUGCUGAUGUUACUAGUUUAGUACUGCCAUUGUUCUCUUGCCUGGAAGAUCGUAAUGCGGAUGUCCGAAAAAAAGGACAAGCAUUGAUUCCUGUUAUUAUAAAGCAUAUUGGAUACGAUGCUACUGUUAAACUUACCGGCAAGUUGAAGGCUUCCUCUAAACAAGUAGUUGUCGCACUUUUGGAAAAGCAUAAGGGUACUUCAGCUGCGCAGACUACGACCAAUACAACUACGCAAAAAUCGGCUGAUAACAAGCAAGAAAAUCAAAGUAAAUCACUCCCUGCGAAAAAAGGAAAGAAUGCUUCUAGUAGUAAGGUCAAGAGCACUGCAUCAUCAAAAAGUAGCGAUAAUAGCAAUACAGAACAAAAUGAAGCCACCCUAAUACUUUAUAACGGCAAGGAUGCGCGUCUAAAAGACGAAAAAGAUUUGAAGGCAAGGACUGGAUUAUUCUUUCACAACUUAAUUGCAAUAAGAUCCACAAAUUUGACGAUGUGCAUCUCUCCGACCCCUAGCGGUGAUAUUCCAUGUAAAGCUGCGGCUCUCGCUUCUGUUGAUCUUUUAUUAAAAUGGACAACUUUGCGAUUCUUUGAUACUAAUCCUAGCGUGCUGGUGAAGUGUCUAGACUUUUUGCAAGCUCUUUUCAACAUAUUGAUAGAAGAAAAUCACGUCCUUAUAGAUAUGGAAGCAUCUGCCUUUUUACCUUACCUAAUAACAAAGUUGGGUGAUAGUAAAGAAGCGGUCCGCUCUGCUGUCCAUGCUAUCCUGAAGAGUGUGCGUCGUGUGUAUCCUGCUAGUAAAAUAUAUCCAUAUGUAACAGAGGGGCUAAAAUCGAAAAGUUCAAGGCCAAGAAUUGAAUGCCUAGAAGAAUUAGGAUCAAUGAUCUCCGCAGUCGGAAUUAAUAUCUGUCAACCGAGUCCGCAAAAAGCUAUAGCAAACAUUGCAGAAUACUCCAAUGACCGAGAUAAUAGUGUCAGGACAGCGGCAUUGAACGUAUUGGUCGAGUGUUAUGCACUCAUUGGAAACGAUAUUUAUAAGUUCACUAAUAACAUUUUAAAUGACAGAGAUAAAAGUGUUUUAGAAGAAAAAAUAAAGCGAAAUCAAAAGCAAAAGCCUCCUGCCCCUGUAAAACCACCAGUUGAGGAAACUAGAGCCAGAUCCGCUACCGAAGGUAGAAUUAAUACAGGAGUUUCAUCAUCCAAGCUUGAUUUUCGCCUCGAUUAUGAAAAAUUAGAGGUAGAAAAUUCGUCCUUAGGCCAAGAUUCAAUACCAACUGGACUUAUAUCAUCAAAAGAUGUUGAUGAACUCAUGAAUCAACCACCUAUUGUUUUACCAACGUUAGAGUUAUCAUUACAAAAUAUUAAUGUAUUAAAUUACACUUUCGAUUGUAAUAGGUCGUCUUCACCUGAAAGAGCAAAAAGGAAAACCGUUAGAAACAUGGGCGGUAUCGCGACGACUUCCGGAGCAAUUGACUUCAUCAUUUCUCAGAUAACAAACAAAGAUAUUAGUACAUCGGCACAAGCUUUAGGCCAGCUGGAAACAGUGUUGAGAGAUCCACAGCAGAGUGACGCUAUUUCGGAACAUGUCGAUCAGUUCUUGGUUGCUUACACUUUACAAUUACGGCUUAUUAUGUCUACUCAUUUGAAUAAUGAGUCGUUGGAUGAAGAAAUGAUCUCUCAUUUCUUUAGACGGCUUAUUAGUUGUCUUCUCAAGUUUGUCGAAACUCCUACCUACUUCAAUAACACAUCUAAAGAUGUCUUACGUGAUCUUAUUUCAAACUUGAUUUCAUUGAUUCCUGAUGAGAGAAUAACUCAUUUCGGAGAUGGUCCUCAGAUUAUUAGAGCGUUGAAUGUUCUAAUGGCAAAAGUUUUGGAAAAGCCAAACCCUAAUGUGAUUCUUUGUGCCUUAAUAAAAUUGCUAGGGGAAGCUGUAGCUUCAGAUAAAGUUAAGGGAAGUUACGGUGAACUGUUAGCGAAGUGCUUAUGGAGAGUUACCAAAACGCUACCAGUUAUAAUCAAUUUGUUGCGAUUGGACGAGCUUCUGGUCGAUUUAGAUGGCUUUUUUAGAGCUCAGAGUGGAGAUUCGUGGAGAAAACGUGCGGAAAUUCCUCUACGAACUAUCAAAACCAUAUUGCAUACUCUAGCUACUAUACAAGGAAAUAAGCUGCUAAACCGAAUAAAUCUAAUAAAAGAUCCUGAUAAAAGUGAAGCCGUUUUAUACUUAAGAAAGAUUCUUAAAAAUACUCCUCAAGAAAAUCAAGAAAAUCAAGAAAACAAUACCAUAUCUUCUCAGUCCGGCAAAAAUAGUUCUAAGGAAAGUAAUGGUAAUAAAGAUGUAACACCACAUCAGCUCUUAGCAGCAAUAUUUAAGAAAAUUGGCUCCAAGGAGAACACGCGGGAGGGGCUAGCCGAACUGUAUGACUUUAAGCAAAAGUAUCCCAUGGAAGACAUUACUCCUUUUCUAAAGAAAACAUCGACCUUUUUCCAAGCUUAUAUUGAACGCGGACUUAAAAAUAUAGAGCAGGAGAGAUAUAAAAGUAAUCAGACAGUUCAACCUACUCAAUCCAAUUUUCAACCCGAAAAAUCAGCUUCCGCAACUAUCAACACAAAUGUCGGUGUUACAAAAUCGUUGAGUUCAGAGGAUUCGUCUACGUAUCUUGAUCGUCUACGCGUUUUAAGGGCUCGUUAUGGUUUAGAAAACAAUGAGAAUACCUCACGAUCUGUUUCCAGCAUAAGUACUAAAGCAUCUAAUAAUGGUAAACUUGCGCCUGAUAGCAUAGCGAUUCCAUCAAUCAAAGCGGAAGAUGCUUCAACCGAUAAUAGUGACGAAGCAAAUGAUUUAGUAACAAAGAAUGUGGCGAAUGUAGAAAGUGCUAAAUCUACUGAAAGCAAGAUUAGUAAUGUCACAGAUUUGAGAAGACGUUUGGAAAAGAUUAAAAAUUCUUCAAGUUAA